AUGCUUAUAGCUUCCUUGCGACCUAAUGUUACUCUUCGUUGGAAUUUGACCGGCAUUACUGUAGCCGGUACCAUGGGAGUCUGUGGACAAACUGCUGCUUAUCUUUGUAGUCCUCAUGGCUUGUCAUUCGAUCCCUUGUCAAACGCUCUGUAUAUAGCUGAUAAUAGCAACCAUCGGAUUCAAAAAUGGGUGUUGGGUGCGACCUAUGGGACCACUGUAGCUGGGAACGGAACGCGCGGCAGUAGUCCUAAUCAGUUAUCAUAUCCUACCCAUGCCAUCGUCGAUGCGGAUGGCAAUGUUUACGUAUCAGACGUCAUGAAUCACCGCAUUCAACUUUGGCCAAAUGGCGCAUCUUCAGGCGUCACGUUCGCUGGACCUGAUUUUCCGGGAUCAAGCGACACUCUUCUUCUUAAUCCGCUAUACAUCACUCGUGAUUCUAACAGUGGAGCUUUGUAUGUGACUGCGGGUGACCGCGUAAUUCGCUGGCUACCAAACGACACAAAAGGCACGAUUGUCGCCGGUGGUAACGGUCCGGGUACAACCCCAACACAGUUGUACAGCGCCUCUGGGCUCUAUUUCGAUUCACCUUCGAAUAGUCUCUAUAUAGGUGACUCAUAUGCACAUAUAAUUGUUCGUUGGCCAUUGGGUGCAUCCACUUGGACGUUGGUGGCAGGUGCCCUUACUGGUAUGUGCGGAUACCCACCGGCAGGACUCUGUAUGCCUAGUGCCAUAACACUUGACCCAAUGGAUAAUUUAUAUGUUGCUGAUGGUAAUGGACGCAUACAAUUAUUUUUAGCUGGCUCCAAUAGUGGAACAGUCAUCGCAAUGCCGAGCUUUUCAUAUGGGAUUGCAUUGGAUAAUGAACUAAAUCUGUAUGCGACCGAACAGUACAAGCAUCGAGUAGUGAAAUUCGCGCGAUUAUGA